UCGGUAAGAAGGUGGGUCGGUGGAGGCGCAAGGCGCACUUCGGUCGAGUACAAAAGAGGGAGUCGCUCCAUUUCGUCGUCCGCAAUCUGCAAGAACGCGUCUUGAGAGGUUCAUUCUUCUUCUCUGCGGUAUCUCUUCGGAAUAACAUCAGAAUACUGCAAUCAGCCAUGUCGACAGGAUCCACUGUGUUGGAUACAUCCUUAAGUAAUGUCUCUUUGGGAAGUUCUUUUCCGGAAGACAGAUAUACAGAAAUCAAGCAUGAGGUGAAGUGCCUAUCAAUAAUUGUGCUUGGUGCUUCUGGUGAUCUUGCCAAGAAGAAAACAUUUCCUGCACUCUUUCACCUUUUUCAGCAGGGGUUCUUACAAGAGAAUGAUGUGCACAUAUUUGGUUAUGCCCGAACAAAGCUUUCAGAUGAUGAUUUAAGAGAACGCAUCCGUGGAUACCUCAGCCACAAAUCGUCAAGUGGACAAACAGAGGUUCUAUCAAGGUUCUUGCAAUUGAUUAAAUAUGUUAGUGGCUCAUAUGACAGUGAAGAUGGGUUUCAACUAUUGAAUAAGGAAAUUUCUGAGCAUGAGAUAUCAAAAAAUAGUCAGCCGGGAACUUCUCGCAGGCUAUUUUACCUAGCACUUCCACCUUCUGUUUACCCUUCUGUCUGCAGAAUGAUAAGAAGAUACUGCAUGAACCAAUCUGAUCUUGGUGGUUGGACACGUAUUGUUGUUGAGAAACCUUUUGGAAAGGACUUAAAAUCUGCAGAAGAUUUAAGUGCUCAGCUUGGAGAGCUAUUUGAUGAACAACAGCUUUACCGAAUUGAUCACUAUUUGGGAAAGGAAUUGGUUCAGAACUUGCUGGUGGUACGUUUUGCAAACCGCUUCUUUUUGCCUCUUUGGAAUCGUGAUAACAUCGAUAAUAUACAGAUUGUGUUCAGGGAGGACUUUGGAACUGAAGGACGAGGUGGAUAUUUUGAUGAAUAUGGAAUCAUUCGUGAUAUCAUUCAAAAUCAUUUGCUGCAGGUUCUUUGUUUGGUAGCUAUGGAGAAACCUGUUUCACUUAAGCCUGAGCAUAUUCGAGAUGAGAAAGUGAAGGUUCUUCAGUCAGUGCUACCGAUAAAACUUGAAGAGGUAGUACUUGGACAGUAUGAAGGCUACAAAGAUGACCCAACAGUUUCUGACAGCUCGAAUACCCCUACAUUUGCAACUGUUAUCUUGCGUAUAGACAAUGAAAGAUGGGAAGGUGUCCCUUUUAUACUCAAGGCGGGAAAGGCUUUGAAUUCCAGAAAAGCAGAAAUCCGUGUUCAAUUCAAAGAUGUUCCUGGUGAUAUCUUUAAAUGUAAGAAGCAAGGGAGAAAUGAAUUAGUCAUUCGCCUGCAACCAUCAGAAGCCAUGUAUAUGAAACUAACAGUCAAGAAACCUGGACUGGAAAUGUCAACCAUACAGAGCGAACUGGAUUUAUCUUAUGGGCUUAGGUAUCAAAAUGUCAAAAUCCCAGAGGCAUACGAACGGUUGAUCUUGGACACAAUAAGGGGAGACCAGCAGCAUUUUGUUCGCAGAGAUGAACUGAGAGUGGCAUGGGAAAUAUUCACUCCUCUUCUACACCGUAUCGAUGCGGGCCAACUGAAGCCGAUUUCGUACAAACCGGGCAGCCGCGGUCCGGCCGAGGCUGAUGAGUUACUUGCCAAAGCAGGAUAUGUGCAAACACACGGCUACAUCUGGAUACCACCUACCCUGGAUUAAUUUACUUGAUCUAUUAUUUCCUUGCAUAUUUCUAUGAGCUUGUGUGUAUGUGCACCUAAAGCCAUGCAUGCUUUGCAUCAGACAUUAUCAUCUUUCUAAGUGUAACAGUCCCGCAAGUCUUUUUUUUGCCUCUAAAGCAUGUCUCCUAUUUAAGCUUGUAGUCCACCGAGUGCUAAGUCUUUUGACUGCUGAGUUUCUCCUUUAAAUGUACGUUUGGUUUCAGUCAGGAGGCAGUAAACAAAAUAAACUUGUGCAAAUUCAAGUUCAUGGAAUUUGGAAAGUGGACCAUUUUAAUGGAUUCAUAUUUUCUUGUA